GCCCCAAAUGGGUUUUUAUUCGAAUAAAGUAAUCGACAGGCUUUUUGAAUUAACUUUUCAGGAACUUGGUUACAAAUUCGGUCUCAACGGGGUUGAAAUGGUGAAAAGUGGUUUUCCGCGCUCGGGAAAACCCGGAAAAUUGGCCAUAGGCAGCCAGCAACACCCAGGCCAGGUGUGGCGGGUUGCCGGCGACGGGGCCAGGUGCCGUUAUUUAUAGCCGAUGACCGGAAAAGCGGCCAUGCUUUGGGCAUAAAUAAACAAAAGCCAGUCGGUUCCGGUGGAGCGAUCAAGGGUGCGUUUUCUGAGUGAACCGGGGCGGAAUGGUUGAUGGUUGGUGACGUUCGUGCGUAAAAUGGCCUCCUUGAAAGUGAAAGAAGCGCUCUGUUUGGUCUAUUCGGGGCUGCUGUUUAUUUCAGGGCUGGUGCUGAUGGGCGUCGCGGCCUACUUGCUCUUCAAGCUGUUCUACCACUACACGUUCGUGCCGAGCGGCAGCGUGGGCCCCUUUUUCGUCGUUUUCCUGCUGGGCAUCGUGCACCUGCUGCUCACCUGGCUGGGGGUCAAGGGCCCCACUCGGGAGCACAACUUUCACAUCGUCCUGUUCAUGCUGUUUACGCUGCUGCUGUUGGUGGCCGAGUUCGCCAUCGGCGUCUGGGCGAUCAUCCUGUGGGACGAGGUCGAGGUGGGCGCCCUCAACCUCAUGAGCGCCUCCUUUGAGGAGCUGAUCGCCCUCAACUACUACCGCAAGGACUGGAACAAGCUGCAGAGUCAGUUGCACUGUUGCGGCAUCAGCGGCGUGCAGGACUACAACAGGACCGAGUCCUACCCGACGUCGUGCUUCCAGAACGCCGACACUGAUUUGGCGAUCCGCUACCCGGACGGCUGCAAGGCCCCGCUGAUCCGCUACGUGAAGCGAGUUAUGAUCGAUGGCGCCAUCUUGGGGUUCGUCUGCGCCCUGCUGCAGGCCGUCGGCCUGUUCACUUUUUACAGUUUUCUGCGUGCGCUGCGCGCAGCGMGGGCUGAGCGGCUGGCGCGGCGCGUUGCUAUGCAACGCGAGCUGGCCAACGCGCCCCCUGUGGGGUUUGUGGCGCCAGCCACUCCCCCUGUUACCACCUAGAAGAGUCCCGGCUGUGAGGGCGCCGCCAGCGGAUCUCACCGCCGAAUCAAACAGCAGGCAAAUAGAGAAACAGCGAUAUAAUCAGGAGCGAACCUAUCGGAGCUUGAGCGCCAGGUACAGGAUGAAAAAGACCAGGAGGGCGAACACGAACAGGUAAAGCACAAUGUAGUUGUGGGAGCCGCGCGAUAGUUUUGCUACGCGCGACAUGGUUUUGCC